UCUGCUUAAUUUGGUGUUUUGUUUUUGCAUUUGGCCAAUUGGGGCUCCCCCUCUUUACUUUUUAGAAAAAGGGUGGUGGUUGGUUCAUUGGGGUUGACUUAUUUCACAACAGAGACACGGAGACAGAUUUAUUGUUAUUAUUCUCUUGUGGGUUUUGUGAUUUCUUGUUUGAAGAAUCAGUGCGAAGGAUUUCUUAGUAUUUAGGCGUUCAAUGUGUAAUUUGCAGAAUCUGAGCUUGGGAUGUUUCUGAGGAACGUUUUGAAAUUAGUUUCUCCCUUUUCUUCUUCAAAGAAUGCUGAGAUUUAUGACAUGUUUUAGGAGAAGAAUUCAGCCACUCGUUUUGGUUUCUUCUAAUUUUGAUGUUCUAAUUUCAGAGAUUGUGUAUAUGUCACUAUCAGUAGUUGUAGAAGCUGGGAAAAGACUUUUGGACUCCAAUCAUUGAUGCCUUUUCUUGUUGAUAUAUUUGCAUUUGUAAUUGCCAUUCAUAUUUUGGCCAAAAACGUGUUCUCUGUGCCAUUAGUAACUCCUUCAUCCUUUCUUGUGAACUUGUUUUCUGCUGAGCUCGACAAAGGGAUGAACGGAGUGCUUCAAUCCGCCAUUUUCUCUGAGUUUUUCGUUUUUCGGGUGAAUGAGUCGACUAUCGAGCUAGCUCGAAGCGUGGACAAUGGACAGGAAUGAUUUAGGAAUUAAUUAUGUUUCCAUAUUUAGGCUGAUGCACCAAAACAAGAAACUUUUUGUGUAUUUUCAAUGUCCCCAAGUUAGCAUCUUGUUGGAUUUGAACCUCUUGUUUUGCUUGGUUAUUAUUAUUCUCGAUGAUGUUUAACAUUCAAAAUUUGACUGUGACUGCUACUUCCUUUGUAUCCAAGGCGGGACAGAUUCAUGGUAAACAUUUCAUCACGUACAUUGUGCACGACGUGAAAAUUGGUAUCAACUAUGGUGAGCUUAAGAAGGCGCAGGCUCUUGGGACUGUGCUCUGAACUUUUUUGGGACUUUUCAGGGAAAAGUUCAUUUGUAGCUCCACUUCCUAAGUUUUCAGAUAACGGAACCGCUCCCGAAAAUCCCAGCCCGAGUAACAAACUAGUCACAGUGCAUCCCAUGUCUUCUGAUGAUGUUAACCUCACAGAUAGGAGCUCUGUUGUGAAUAUGGAACCCAAUUUUGCAAGUGCAUCGGAUUUGACCUCGCAGAAAGAACAAUCUAAUCAGCCAGCGUCAGGGCAUCCACUAAAACAUAGAAAGAGACAUAGGAGAAAGAACUCUCACAAUCAAGAACUGACGAUUAUGAGAGGUGUCUAUUUCAAGAACAUGAAAUGGCAGGCUGCGAUUAAGGUAGACAAGAAACAGAUACAUUUGGGGACGUUUGGUUCACAAGAAGAGGCUGCUCAUUUGUACGAUAGAGCUGCUUUUGUGUGCGGACGGGAGCCAAACUUCGAACUGCCAGAGGACGAGAAGCAAGAACUCCAGAAGUUCAAAUGGGAAGACUUCCUAGCAAUGACCCGCCAUGCUAUUACGAACAAAAAGCACAAGAGACUUGGCACAGGAUCUCCAAAGAAGCCCGGAGCUUCAUCACUACCAAUCGACACCACCGACUACAAGCACAGGUUCAACGGGUUUCCCUCGCCCGAAGACACUAACUCAUCCAUCACUUGAGUUGCUUUAUCUCAAGAAGAAUGGAAAAACUUUCAAAGGUCCAUUCAAAAAAUUUUCCCCCCUCAAGUAAAUGUGUUUUUAGGCUAGAAUAGAAUACAUUGUCUCUUUGAUUAGAAAAUUCUUACAGUUCAUUUUUUUUCCCAACUAAAGCUUGUAAUAUGUUCCAAAUCAAUGUUAAUUUGUUUUUAGCAGAA